AAUAAAUUAGUAAGCUAUUUUUUAUCAAAAUAAGCUCACCCAUACAGAAGUGUUUUUUCUGAGUUGUGAAAGGUGGCCUGCUGAUUUUAUUUCUAUUAGUACCGUGCCAGAGGCAACCACAGACUCUUCCACCGCUUAGUCUAGUAUGCACACCUAGUCAUCAUGGGAAAUCAGCUGACUGGUGUGGCCCCGUCUCAGAUCCUUCCCGUAGAGCAUUACCUAACAGAUGUGUCCGAUUAUGAGUUUGACCACAGUCUCGGUAGUACCCGAUUCUUCAAAGUAGCGAGAGCAAAAUACAAGGAAGGAUUAGCAGUGGUGAAGGUGUUUGUGAUCCAUGACCCUUCUCUGCCCCUCAGGUCAUUCAAAGAGAAGAUAGAGGACAUCAAGACAAGACUUUCCAACGGUUCCAACUGUCUACCCUUCCUUAGGAGCACACUAUCCGAUAAAGCAGCCCUUCUGUUUCGUCAGUAUGUGCGCAACAAUCUCUACGACCGCAUCAGUACCCGACCCUUCCUUAUCUCCAUUGAGAAGAAGUGGAUUGCAUUUCAGUUGCUUUGUGCACUGAAUCAAGCUCAUCUAGUUGGGGUUUGUCAUGGGGACAUCAAGAGUGAGAAUGUGAUGGUGACUGGUUGGAUCUGGGUUCUACUCACAGAUUUUGCCAGUUUCAAGCCAACCUAUCUUCCAGCUGACAAUCCUGCUGACUUCUCAUUCUUCUUCGACACCUCUCGCCGUCGUACCUGCUACAUUGCUCCUGAGAGGUUCGUAGAGGGCAGCAGCUCACGGCCUGUAGACAGUGCCACCUCCGAGACAGUAGAGGGCCUUCAAGUCAGGCAAGAUGUGAAGGGAGGGGAACUGACUCCUGCCAUGGACAUAUUCAGUGUUGGGUGUGUGAUUGCUGAGCUCUUUACAGAGGGCAACGCGCCCUUUGACCUCUCUCAGCUCCUGGCUUAUUGUAGUGGCGCAUACUCACCUGACGCUGUCCUGGAGCAGAUUGAGGAUGAACACAUCAAGGAUCUCUGUAAACAUAUGCUACAGAAGGACCCAUCCAAGCGAAUGUCGGCUGAACAGUACCUAGUGAAGGGGCGUGGCACGGCAUUCCCAGAAUUCUUCUAUACAUUCCUCAAAGUUUACAUGGGAGAGUUUGCCGGUGUCCCUAUCUACCCGGCUGAUGAGAAAAUAGCAAGACUGCGUAAAGACAUGGGUAGUAUCAUGCAGACUCUAGUAGCCAACAUGGAGGAUGGGGAAAACAAUCAGCGCCAUAGCAACAAUGGACUGGUGAUAGUCCUGUCUCUCGUCACAUCUUGCUUGAGAUCACUCAAGUUCUGUGUCUCACGACUGGGUGCUCUGGACAUCAUGUUGAUGAUUGGUAAACAUUUACCAGAUGACAUCAUACUGGACAGAAUCAUUCCUUGUAUUCUCCAUUUUGUACAUGAUCCCUUCCCAAGAGUACGAGCAGAGGCUAUCCGUACGAUCACCCAGACGCUCAUGCUGGUCAAGUCUGUCCCAAGAGGGGAUGCCAACAUAUUUCCUGACUACAUACUUCCAAAUUUGUCUAACAUAGCUCAGGACCCCAUAGACAUGGUGCGGAUGGUAUACGCUGAGAACAUUGCCGUGCUGGCGGAGACCGCCCUCAGGUUUCUGGAGAUGGUACAGUUGGACCAGAAUGCUGCUCAGAGUGGAGAAACGGACGGUGUGCAGAAUCCAACCCAGUAUCAGGCUAGUUAUGAUGAUGAGCUUCAGAACCUACAUGGUAUGAUCCAGCAGAAGGUCGUCACAUUACUCAGUGAUCCAGAGAACAUUGUAAAGCGGACCCUACUUGAGAAUGGUAUCACCCGUCUCUGCGUGUUCUUUGGACGUCAGAAGGCUAACGAUGUCCUGCUCUCACACAUGAUCACAUUCCUUAAUGACAAGGAGGACUGGCAUCUCAGAGGGUCAUUCUUUGACAGCAUAGUGGGCGUGGCUGCGUACGUUGGAUGGCAGAGCUCGUUCAUACUGAAACCUCUUCUACAACAGGGAUUAACGGACCAUGAGGAACAGGUCAUAUGUAAAGCCUUGAAGAGUGUCACGGGUCUGGUCCAGCUUGGCCUACUUCAGAAGCCUGCCCUGCUAGAAAUGGCCUAUGAGCUCGUACCAUACGUAUGCCAUCCAAAUCUGUGGAUUCGUCAAGCCACGGUUGGUUUCAUAGCCGCCAUCGCCAGGUCUCUCAACAUUGCCGAUGUGCAUUGCAACCUGACACCACUCCUACUACCAUUCCUGAAGAAACCCAUCAUACAGAUUGAUAAAGAGGCUAUCAUCAUGAGCGUGCUGAAGUGCCCCGUAUCCCGAGCCGUCUACGACUACAUCCUCCGCUCCCCGAUCAUCAUCGACUUCUUUGACAACCUGACGGACAGGCAGCUGAUACGUAACCUGUGUAUUAGACCGGGUCACAAACCAGAGUACAACGAACUAGAAAUUGGACAAAUGGCACAGCUUCUGAGGAAACUGCAGUCGCAGGGGAUGACUGAAGAAGACGAAGAUAAGCUCUUGUUUCUGAGAGAGAUCAUGUUGAAGCAGUCUAAGGCUAAGAUUGGGAUGGGCGAUCUAUCGAACCAAUCAUCGUCACCCCAUGACCCCUUCACCCCAGGUCAGGUCAACCUCAGUGUCUAUCCAGCCAUUCAGAAGAAUCACGCUGACCUCAUCAAGCCACCUGACCUCAGGUCAGAGGUCACAGACAAAGCUCAAACCAAGAAGUCCAAGAAGAAGCAGAGUGCAAUAGAUCCAGCAAUGAACGAGGAAUGGAGGAGUAUGUUUGGUACAGCCGCCGACACAAAACCAAUCAAGGCCUCCCAACAGCAAACAUCCAUCAACACCCCACCCCUCCACCCCUCAGGGGGUGACCUGCCUCCCCCUCACGCCCCUGUCCAGCGCUCCGCCUCCAAGGCCGCCCCGCAGAAACCCCCCGGAGGCCAGGACCAGACGCCCCCCUCCUCCGCCCAGGCACAGCCCCAGCCUCAGGGGCAACUCAAGCAACAACAGCAAGCAGCUCAGCAACAGGCGCAACAAGGUGUGGAUGCAAAGGCAGCAACUCAGAGGCAGAGUCCGACAAAGCAACAGCAAGGAAGUGGCAAGCAGGUAUCCCCAACUCAGACGGAUGCAGCACAGGGAGGGGGCAAGGGACAGAUAAACAAGGGUCUCAUGGCCAACGAACCGAUCCGUAUGUCACAGCUCCAAGCCGCAGCCGAGGGAAUACCCGUCAAAAAGCCUGUACAGGAGUCUAAGCCGGUAGCCUCACACAUCCAAGUCUCGUCUUGUCAUCUGAACCUGCGAAGCCUCGUCACUCGGAAGCGAGAUCAGUAUGCCAUGGACAUCAUGCGCAAGAUGCUCAUCCACGACACCACCUUCAACGCGAAGGCUCCGCAGUCGAAUUGGAAACCAAGAGGACUGUUGAUAGCUCAUCUUCAUGAACACAAAGGUGCAGUCAAUAGAUUACAAGUCAGCUACGAUCACACACUCUUCUCGACGUGUUCUGACGACGGCACGGUGAAGGUAUGGGACUGCACGAAGCUCAUUGGCAAGGCCAACACUAACAAGUCAAGACAAACGUACAACAGGCAACCAGGCAAGAUCAAGACGUUGACCUUCUGUCAGUCGUCGCACAGUAUCGCUUCCGGGUCAGACGACGGCUCCAUACACGUCAAUAGAAUAGAAGCGAGUCCACCUAGACUAGCUCCUCUGGACAAACGGCAGCUGAAUGUAAGCGAGGAGGGUGUACCAGUAGACCUGGCCCACUUUGAUACAGGUCCACAAUCAAUCCUGGUCUAUGCUACAUCGCAGGGCUAUCUCGUGGGCUGGGAUCUGAGAUCCCCUACCGAGGCCUUCCGAUUACGCAACCAGCAGAGGCAUGGUUUGAUCACAUCCUUUGUGGUUGACCCCCAGCAGUGCUGGAUGGCAGUGGGUACAACCAGUGGCAGCCAUAUUUGCUGGGACAUGAGGUUCCAACUCCCGAUCACUACAGUUCAACAUCCAUCAGGUGCUCUGGUAAGGAGGGUUCGUCUGCACCCCAGCCAGCAGUCCUUGGUCAUCUCAGCGGUACAAGGAAACAAUGAAGUCUCUAUGUGGGACAUGGAGACAGGGGCGAGACGGUUCACCCUAUGGGCGAGUCCACACCCUCCCCUCUCCCAAACACAGACCUCCCAGCAUGCAAUCCACGCCCUGUACUGCAUCCCAUCUAUGGAGCAGACGCCGUGCUUCCUGACGGCCGGCUCCGAUCAGAGGAUAAGAUACUGGAACAUCACCAACCCUCAGCAAUCGUCCAUUAUAGCAGGAUCGGUGAAUGAUCCUGUAACGCAGCUCAGUGUUUCCUACAAUCAUCGUGUCAUAGACGGUACUGAAGUCAUCGUCGAAACAUACGGCAAGCAGCGUGGUGGAACGGGUUCGGCUGCGACCUCCGGGAGUGACGAGAGUCAACGACGCAGUGCUGAGCAGGUCCCAGUGGGGCAUCGAGAUGUGAUCACAGAUAUGGGUGUCUUCCAGAUAUCGUCCUCAAGUAACGCUUUAAUCACAUCGUCACGGGAUGGUGUGGUCAAAAUUUGGAAAUAAUGAUAAUGGCUGAUUAUAUAGCACUCAUAUCUGUCACACAGUGGCACUCAUGGGGCUUUGACCAUUAUUGCCAAAGUCGCAAAUGUAGAUUAACGUCUUGCCGAAGGACGCCAGUGCCGGGCUGGGAUUUAAACCCCCUACCUUUUGAUCUACAGACUAGUGACUUAUCCACUAGACCACAACACCUUCACCUCCAAAGUGAGAAGAACAUUGUUCAUGGAACAUUCAUCUAUGUCUAUUGUGGAGAUAAGAAUGAUGAGUUUUAUUGUUGCAAUGCACUCUUAAAUACCGAAAGAAGCAAUAUGUCAGAGCCUGUUCUGUCCGACUUAAGAGGUAUGGAACUUUGUCAGACAAUGAAUCUUAAAGGAGCUUUGUAGGUGGAUACACAUGCCUUCUUUUUGUAAACUUAAGUCUCUGAUCAUGACAUUUGACAUUUGUUGAACGCUUUGUGUGACAUUUUGUGGAAUCACAUAGGAAAAUUCUUUAUGGCAUUUUAAAAAAAAAAUCUUUUUUGUUCACCAAAUGUCACAAGUGGGAUGUUUUAUGUACCAAAUGCUACAUGUAUUUGGAAAAGUGAAUUACUAUAAAGUCACCAACACAUUCCUUGAAGUUCAUAAAAUGUAAAGUCAGUAUUUAGGUUGCUCUUACACAGUUGUUACACAACCCUGCUACUUUCACAGCACACCAAACAUCAAAAUGAAUAUGAUGUUUAAUGCUUAUCAAAUAUCUUGUAAUUUAUUGUACAUCUCUAUACCUGGUGCUGUUGAACAAGUGUUGUAAAUGUAUUUGCCUUUAAUUUAUAUAUUUUGAUGACAUUCAUCAGUUACCUGCAACUGCUCUGCUAUCGAUGGGAUGUAGAGAGAGUAUUCAUUUAAUAUGUUGAUGUUGCCCAUUUCAUCUUCACGUCCUAGAAAUCAAUCUUGGUCUUUUUCAAGAGGCAGAAAAUGAAUUAUUAUAUCAAUGAUUAAAUGGUUAAAUUUCAAAGACAUUAAUUAUUUCAUUUAAAUGUUGCAUAUGCAUUUAUGCAUGAUGAAGGGAGUAUACUAAAAGGAGCAUUAAGGCUUCAAACUCUGAAUAAAUCUUGGGGCUUGUCUAACACACAUUGUAGUAGCAUGUUUGAGAACAAAUGUCAGUCUCGAUUCCACAAAAUAUUAUGGCAGUCUUGCCACAUAUGUUUAUCCAUGUUUUAAGGCAUUCCUGUGUUAUCCCAUAUGAUUUGGCAUAUAGAAUCUUGGUACAUUUGUAAGUUGAUAACAUUGUUUAAAGAGGAGGUUGAGUUCUGGGAAGAGGUGAAAAUUAAUCUGUGAGCGUUAUCAUUGUUAUUAUGCAAGUGUGGAAGAACAUCAGAUAAAACAUGCUCCCUGA